AGCCAUCAUCCUGCUUCGGAUGAUCCAAAAUAGCUGUUGAAAGUCUCACUUUACUGGGAUCGGCAAUUGGCACCUUUGCAACAUCCCAUUUCAGCACAACAGUAGAUCUGUAGUGGAAGUGCUGCUCGAGAGUCAGCCAAAUAGACUAGUCCGAUAAUCCAGUUCUGUUGAACAUGUGUUCCUGUUAAAAUAAAUUCGACUGUACGCCAAGUAGAGACAGUCACGCCUGAAUGGUGGAGGCUAGCACUACGGGAGAGCCCAUGGAGGCAGCCAAAGGAAAGGAAAAAGGAGCGUCAAAUGCUGAGACCCUGAUUGAAGCUGCGGCCAAGGGGGACAUUGAUGGGGUCAAGAAGCUGCUGGAAAGUGGUGCAGACCACUUGCACCAGGACGAGAGGGGGCAGAAUGCGCUCAUGCUGGCGUCCAGGGGAGGCCAUGACCCCGUUGUGGAGCUCCUGCUGGAAGCAGGAACGCCAUGGAACGCUUUUGACAAGGAGGGUCACUGCGCUGGGGACCUGGCCAUGAUGGCUGGCCACCAGUCGACCAUCGAUCUGCUGCUUGAAGCAGGUGUGCGGGCGGAGAUGGUAUUGGGAGCGCUGGAGAGAAAGCUUGGGAAAGAGGCAGCAGGGCCCAGUCACGAGUACCUGCAGCAGAGGCUGCAGUACGAUGCCGCCAGCGAGCGGCUGAUGGAUGCUGAUGACAGGGCAGUCAUGAUGGCCUGGGAAGGGCCGCUGAUGGAGGCACAUGCGCAUGCUGUGGCAGCGUCGGGGGGGGAUGUCUUGAAUGUGGGUUUUGGACUCGGCCUUGUGGAUGAGGCCAUCCAGCGGCGGAGCCCGCGGUCGCACACGAUAGUGGAGGCGCAUCCGGACGUGCACGCGCGCAUGCUGGAUCUCGGCUGGGACCAGCGGCCGGGCGUGCGCAUCCUGUUCGGCCGCUGGCAGGACGUGCUGCCGCAGCUGGGCGCGCAGUUCGACGGCAUCUUCUUCGACACCUACUCGGAGUUCUACGGUGACAUGCAGGAUUUUCAUGCGCUGCUGCCAAAACUGCUGCACCCAGAUGGCAUCUACUCGUUCUUCCACGGCCUGGCAGCGGACAACGCAUUCUUCCACGCAGUCUACAGCGAGAUUGUGAAGCGUGAGCUGGCCAGCCUGGGCCUGUCCACGCAGUUUGUGCCGCUGCCCAUCAACGUGGCAGACCCCAAAAUUUGGGAGGGCGUCAGAAAUAAGUACUGGCAGCUGGACACGUACUUUCUCCCAGUGUGCACCGUUGCAGACUCUGCCUUGGAAGCGUCGGAACAGGAGGACGCAAACUGAUGGCUGGAAGCUGUGGCUUGAUGUUGUUAGGGCGCCGUCUUCAGCUUGUAGCUUGCAAGGGCAAAUGAAUGUGGAACUGUGACUGCAAGGGUUGAUUCAUAAGACUCAUUGGUCGAUCUAUGGAAAGCGUGAGUGGUGGGUAACAACAUUGUGACAAACUUAACUUGUAAGUUUUUAACUUGUGAG